AUGAACAAAAGACCUCCAUCUGGGACUUCAUCUACAUCUAAAAGCACAUCACCAACUCUCACACCUUCCCCAUCACCCUCCCCGUCUCCUAAGGUUCACAACGCAGAGUCCUCUCUCUCUUCUUCUCACAGACAGGCCAAGAGCAAUGGUUCCAGCAGUGGUACUAUUACAGAAGAUGGCAACCACUUGGUGGAUCAUCAACAGCUUGUCCCUAUUCUGAGAACCAGUGAUGUAGAGAAUCAGGAAAGACGAAACCAUGUGCGAGUAAAAGGAGGCUCUGAAAACUUGGAGAAAGAUGAACUGACUGGCAUUCUUAAAAAAUUGUCACUUGAGAAAUACCAACCUAUUUUUGAGGAACAAGAGGUGGAUAUGGAAGCCUUCCUUACACUUACUGAUGGUGAUCUGAAAGAGCUGGGUAUUAAAACCGAUGGAUCAAGGCAGCAAAUUUUGGCAGCUAUUUCUGAACUGAAUGCAGGAAAGGGACGAGAGAGACAGAUUUUACAAGAAACUAUACACAACUUCCACUCUUCCUUUGAGAGUAGUGUUAGCAACACACGACCUCCAGGUCAUUCCCAGUCACCUGGCUGCUCUGUAAAACCACAAGAAGCUGUUUCUCCUAAAAGGUAGCAACUGGAAAAAAAGAUUUUUUUUUUUUUAUUGUGAAGUUUGACAUCU